AUAUCGGUAAAAGCACCACACUGAACUCUAUUAUACAGCCACGCGGGUGUCAGGUACUUAAUUGCAUCUCAACUGCCCUCAACAAGUUCUCGUCGAUGAGCUAUCUGAAAAAUUACGAAGUGGUAAUAUAAAGGUGAACCAGUCAUGGGAAUCCUUGAAAAAAUAUCAGAAAUCGAGAAGGAGAUUGCGCGGACCCAAAAAAACAAAGCUACCGAGUAUCAUCUUGGUCUCCUGAAGGCAAAGUUGGCCAAAUAUCGCUCCCAGUUACUGGAACCAACCAAAAAGUCUGAGAAAGGCGAGGGUUUUGAUGUAUUGAAGUCAGGAGAUGCCAGAGUGGCAUUGAUCGGGUUUCCGUCCGUUGGAAAAUCCACACUCCUGAGUACUCUAACCCACACGGAGUCAGAGGCUGCGUCGUAUGAGUUCACCACACUCACAUGUAUACCAGGUGUGAUCGAAUACAAAGGGGCAAACAUACAACUUUUGGAUUUGCCUGGUAUCAUUGAGGGUGCAGCACAGGGAAAAGGAAGAGGACGGCAGGUCAUAGCCGUAGCAAGGACUGCAGAUCUUGUUCUGAUGAUGCUGGAUGCAACCAAGCAGGAUGUACAACGACAAUUAUUGGAGAAAGAACUGGAGUCUGUUGGCAUUCGACUGAACAAACAAAAGCCGAACAUUUAUUUCAAAAUAAAGAAAGGUGGCGGUCUCUCCUUCAACUCAACAUGUCCUUUAACAUUCGUUGACGAAAAACUAGUUCAAAUGAUUCUACACGAAUAUAAGAUAUUCAAUGCUGAGGUAUUGUUCAGGGAGGACUGCACUGCAGAUGAGCUGAUAGAUGUGAUUAAUGCCAACAGAGUCUACCUACCUUGCCUUUACGUAUAUAACAAAAUAGAUCAAAUAUCCAUAGAAGAAGUUGACAGAAUUGCACGACAGGCUAACAGCGUGGUGGUCAGCUGCAACAUGAAAUUAAAUUUGGACUACUUACUGGAAACUCUCUGGGAGUAUUUAUCUCUGAUCAGAGUCUACACCAAAAAACCUGGCCAACCGCCUGACUUUGACGAUGGCUUAAUUCUUCGUAAGGGAGUUACCGUUGAACAUGUCUGCCAUAGCAUUCACCGUACUCUGGCGGAACAAUUCAAAUAUGCUCUAGUUUGGGGGACAAGUACUAAAUACUCACCUCAAAGAGUGGGAUUGCAACACAUUAUGCAUGACGAAGAUGUUAUCCAAGUACUCAAAAAGUAAACGCCAAUAUCUAUUUGUAUUAGUAAACUGAUAUUAAGUAACACCCAAUUGUAUAGCAUACUGUACAUUUUUGUAUAUUCUCACGGUCAAGAGUUUGAUAAUGGAACGAAAUAAUGGCUCACCAGCUGAUAUAAUGCAUUUGUCUAAUUACUGUUUACAUCAAUUAUUACUGAAAAUAAUAAUAAACUGUUUUGUUCUACA